CCAUGGUGACCUUCAAGGCACACCGGAGCGAUCCGGAGCUGGUGACACCGGCAUCACCAACACCUCAGGGGAGCAAGACCCUCUCCGACGUUGACAGCCAGAUCCCCCUGUGGUUCUACGCCACGGUGAUCGAGUUCUUCCGCCCCCGUAACGCUGUUGACGGCCACGACACCCAGGCGGUGGUCGAUGUCGCGGAGGCCAUCAGGGAGGCCCUGGCCAAGGCCCUGGUGUACUACUACCCAAUCGCCGGCCGUCUCAGGGAGGUCUCCAAAGGGAAGCUGGCGGUGGAGUGCAGCGGAGAAGGAGUGGUGUUCGUGGAUGCCCAUGCCGAUGUGCGGCUAGACGAGCUUGGUGAGCCGCUGCUGCCGCCGUACCCUUGCAUUGAGGAGCUCGUGUGCGACAUCGGCGACGCCAAAGACGUUGUUGGCAGGCCUCUGAUGUUCAUGCAAGUGACGAGGUUCAAAUGCGGCGGAUUUGCAAUCGGCGUCAGCAUAUGCCACAACAUGGCUGACGCCUUCGGUGUCAUCCAGUUCCUCAAGUGCGUAACGGAUCUCGCGCGAGGCGACGAGCACCCGGCCGUUCUGCCGGUGUGGGACAGAGAGCUUCUGACGGCGCGCAACCCACCCGACCUGACAAGCUUACCCUUCGUCCAGGAGUCGCACGAGUCAUCGCCGGUCCAGCCCAUGACCAUGGACAAGAUGGUCGGUUGCUACUUCCUCUUCGGCCCGAGAGAGAUCGCCGCGCUUCGAAGCCAAGUGACCGAGCCGGCCACCAACUUCGAGCUCAUCACGGCCGCCAUGUGGAUGUGCCGAGCGGAAGCUAUAGCUCUUGCUCUUGGGUGCGGGAGCGCCGGCAGCCAGCAGCAGCGAGCGUCGUCGUCCCUGCUGAUCACCAUGAACGUUCGAGGGAAAGCGAAGCUGACACCGCCCCUCCCGCGCGGGUUCUACGGCAACGGCUUCGUCUUCGUGGAGGCGGAGCUGUGCGGGGCGACGCGCUCGCUCGGUGGCACGGUCGAGCUCGUGCAGAAGGCCAAGCGCGGCAUGACGGAGGAGUACGUGAAGUCGAUGGUGGAUCUGUUCUCGCUCGGCGGGGCGCCGCCGUACGCGCAGGGGUGGACGUUCGUGGUGUCCGACAUAACGCGGAUCGGGGAGGACGAGUUGGACCUGGGGUGGGCGGAGCGGGUGGCCGGCGGCGUGCCCAUUGUCGGAAACGACGACGCGACCAAGAUGGUUAGCUACCAGAUGAGGUGCAAGAACGCAGACGAUGAGGACUGCGUGGUAGCUUCCAUGUACCUACCAGAGCCGGCCAUGAACAAGUUCAAGGAGAAGAUCCUCAUCUUAGCAACUUCAAAGCUAGCGACUUGAAACAAAACCAUAAUGUUCUAGUACUCCUUACCAUGUAUGGUUUCGGUAAUAAGUUAUAUGCAUCUCCAUGGGGUUUUUGGAUUGAUAACUUUCCAAGAAUACUUAAUUAACGUUAGUACUAGUUAACUUUC